AUGGGUUGUAGACAAAGCUUUAGGCAAUGCUGUGACCGGCCGAAAAAUACCAACGUCCGAUUUAGUCUUCCAGCAGUGUGUUUCGUAUGGCAAAUUGUCAUGAUCAUCUUAUUCGGCAUUUUUAUCCGUUAUGACCAAGAAUCCGACGCACAUUGGGCAGAGUAUAGAAAAUUUCAAAACAUUUCCAGUGACAUUGAGAACGACUUCUAUUUCAGAUACCCAAGUUUCCAGGACGUCCAUGUGAUGAUCUUUGUGGGCUUCGGUUUCCUUAUGACCUUCCUGAAGCGCUACAGCUUUAGCGCCGUGGGCUUCAACUUCCUCAUCGCUGCCUUCGGCCUUCAGUGGGCGCUGCUGAUGCAGGGCUGGUUCCAAUCUCUGGACCCCAUGGACGGAAAGAUCAAGAUCAGCAUGGAGAGUCUGAUCAAUGCAGAUUUCUGUGUAGCCAGCUGCCUAAUAGCGUAUGGGGCGGUGCUAGGCAAGUUGAGCCCAGUCCAGCUGAUGGUGAUGACACUGUUUGGAAUCACUCUGUAUGCUGUGGAUGAGUUCAUCAUCCUCAACCUCAUACAUGCCAGGGAUGCUGGCGGCUCCAUGGUGAUCCACACAUUCGGGGCUUAUUAUGGUCUGUCCAUCUCGUGGAUGCUGUACCGGCCCAACCUGGACCAGAGCAAGCGUCUGAAUGGCUCUGUCUACCACUCAGACGUCUUUGCUAUGAUCGGAACCCUGUUCCUGUGGAUGUUCUGGCCUAGUUUUAACUCAGCCAUCACGGACCACGGAGAUGGGCAACAUCGAGCAGCCAUCAACACCUACCUGGCCCUGGCCUCCACUGUCCUCACCACCGUAGCCAUCUCCAGUCUCUCCCAGAAGACUGGCAAGCUGGACAUGGUUCACAUCCAGAACUCCACGCUGGCAGGGGGUGUUGCCGUGGGUACGGCAGCAGAGUUCAUGCUCAUGCCUUAUGGGUCUCUGAUCAUAGGGUUCUGCUGUGGCAUCAUCUCCACCCUGGGCUACAUCUAUAUCACGCCGUUCAUGGAGAAGUAUCUGAAGAUCCAGGACACGUGUGGCAUCCACAACCUCCACGCCAUGCCUGGGGUCAUAGGGGGCAUUGUGGGCGCCGUCACUGCAGCAGCCGCCAGUGAAGGGGUCUAUGGCAAGGCGGGGUUGAUAAACACGUUUGACUUCACGGGGAAAUGGAAAGACAUGGUGCCGAGCCGGCAGGGAGGACACCAGGCAGCAGGGCUCUGUGUUGCCCUCUGCUUUGGAGUCGGAGGAGGAAUCAUUGUUGGCUGUAUCCUGAGGAUGCCUAUCUGGGGGGAUGCUCCUGAUGAUAACUGCUUUGACGAUGAACUCUACUGGGAGUUACCUGAGGAUGAAGAGAGCAUUCCACCUAAACUGGAGGACAACAACCACAUGCGGAACAGGGAUGUUACAGAAUCCCAUUUCUCUAUGGAACAGAGUCAGAACUGA